AUUUACAUCCAGCGCGUUCUCUUGGAUCCUUCUGCUAGAGUACAUUGCCUGGAAUUUGAGCACUAGGCGAGGCGAGAUGUGGAUGCUCUGCCAUGCUCCAGCAGGCCUGUCUUGCCUCUUCGGGCUGCAGCUGUCGAUGCUCAUACUUUUAGCUCUGCUCGACUAUUCAUGCAGAUCGCAUGCUCUUAGUUCGCCUUGCGAUGAGAGCCUAAAUACAACGUCUACACGUGCCGAGAUCAUGAGGAGGAUGUUCUGCUAUUACCAAAGCCAUGAAACGCCCAACGAUGCCGAUCAUUCCGCAACCAUAGUCACCAUCUACAUGGACAUCAAGGCUAUCACGUCAGUAGACGUGAGAAAGAUGGAGUACACAACUGACUUUUUACUGCGUCAGAGCUGGGUUGAUCCUCGGCUGGCCUGGGAUCAUGAUGCCAUUUUCAAGAACUACACCAAAACGAUCGCCUCUCCUAUCCUCAAGGAGAGUUUAUGGCUCCCGGAUCUGUUCUUCCGUAACGGCAAAGAAGGCAGGCUACACACGAUGACUAACAAUAAUUAUCUUAUUCGAAUAAAGCCCAACGGCGAGGUGCUUUACAGCCAGAAGAUUACCAUGCGUUUCUCGUGCCAGAUGGAUUUGCUCAGGUUCCCAAUGGACGCACAAGAAUGUUAUAUGGACAUCGGUAGCUACGGGUACACGUUGAAUCAGCUGCGCUUUCAAUGGCUCAGCGGCAGCAAUGAUACACCACCCGUCUCUCUUCCCAAGGGU